UGAAAUUAGAUGACACCCAUAGGGCAUUUAUGCCUUUUUCAUAUGCUACUUAAUGGGGGUUAACAAUUUUGGACUAAAUUGACAAGUUUUGGAAGUCUAGAUGCUAUGUUAGCACGUGCAAUUUCCAACUUAAAAAAAAAAAGGCCGUGAAAUAGCCCAUUGGAAUAGGUGAUGGGAGCAAGGGAUUCACAUUUCACAAUUCACACCACUCUAAAAGUAUUUAAAGAUAUUCAAAUUUUGAAUUAACACCACUUAAAAGUAUAAACAUAUGUAGAGUCUAGACCCUCCCUUAUUUUGACGCUCAGGCUUGCCAUGUGUUUGAAGAAGCUAUUUUAUCUCUUUCUCCUAAUACGAUCUUGUUGGUCGGGAACGCCGAAUACCACACCAAGUCGAAAAACGCUCUUGUGCCCUUGACUUGGAACGAACGGUGUCGCUAGGCGGGCCGUCGUAUCUUUCUCCCCAACCAUUAUUUAAGCACACGAAAGCUUGGAACGCUUCUCAGGUGCUCAUAAAUUCGUCGGAAGAUGGCAAAGGCGGUGGUCUAUCCCAUUUGGGCCACUGUCUUCGUCAUCUUCCUCAUCACCUCUCUUCCUCCCCGCAAGGGUCCUGAACACCUUCGCCUGGGUCGUCGCUUGGGCUACAGGCAUGUACCAUUUGACCCACUGGUUGCGCAUUUGGAGAAACAGACCGAAGAAAAGGGAUUAAGCGACUGGGAUUCCCCAACAACUUGGGAAUCUGCCUUAUUUUCCAGUGAGUUUGGGGACAUGGAGGAAUUAUUAAAUGACGAGGGGAAGCUAAACAUAACAGACAGGUUGCUUGUUCUGUUUCCUCUGCUAGACACGUCUCCUGACGAUGGAUUGAUUAGUUUAAAGGAGCUUGUUGAUUGGAAUGUUCAACAAGCAACCGAUAGGUUAUCUUAUAGGACAUAUAAAGAGAUGGAGGUACGCGAUACCAAUUGGGAUGGCGUAAUUUCUCUCAAGGAAUGUCUCUAUCGGUUUUCCCAAGAGGAGAUAGAGAAAAAUGACAUGAGCACCGGGCAAGCUGGGUGGUUGAGGGAACAAUUUUCUAACGCAGAUGCAGACGGCGAUGAAUCUCUCAAUGCCGUCGAAUUCAACGAUUUUUUGCACCCUGAAGAUAGCAACAAUCAUAAAGUUCGGCGCUGGCUGUUGAGAGAAAAGAUUAAGGCAAUGGACCAGGACAAAGAUGGCAGAAUCAACUUCAAGGAAUUUUCUCAUGGAGCUUAUGGUAUCAUCAAGAGUUAUAUGGAACUGGAAAUAGGUUAUGAGGCGCCAGGUGCUGGAGAAAAAUUUGCGGAGCUUGACGUGAACUCAGACGAAUUCUUGACAGAGGAGGAAUUGGUACCCGUAAUGCACCACCUUCAACCUGGAGAAAUAUCCUAUGCUAAACACUAUGCAAGCUAUCUAAUGCACGAGGCUGAUGACGACAGAGAUGGGAGCUUAACGCUUGAAGAGAUGCUCCGUCACGAAUUUGUUUUCUACGGCACAGUGUUUGAAGAUGACGAAUUUAAUGAAAACGACGACGACGACGACGACGACGAUUCCCGUGACGAAUUCCGUUGAAUCAGUAAAGCCAUUGCUAGGGAUUUUUUUCUUUCUCAGUUGAGUUCAGGACGAUAAUGAGUACCUUCCACCAUGAAUGGAUAACUUUCCUUCUCCAACCCUCUUCACCCACCCAAAAAAAAAAAAAAGAGAGA